GCUAAAUUUAACACAAGAUGGAGAUAGAAGAUAGAGAGAAGAUGACUAUAGACAGCCUUUUUGGAAAAGUUUCAGGAAGAUUUCAAAUUUACACAACUCUAGUAUAUGCUAUUGGAUUCUGAAUGGGCGGUUUCCUCUCGUUUGCUCUUCCUCUUGUCGAACUUUUCCCUCAAUUCCAAUGAUAUGAUUCUUCAUCAAAAGAAUAUACAAAUUGUGACAGGCUGCAAGCAUGAGAGAGCCAUAAUUGGACUAUCAAUUGGAAUGAAGAAAGAAGUAUUCACAACUGGAUCACAGAAAUGAACCUUUACUGUGCUGAAAAAUGGAAGAUAGGCCUCUUUGGAAGCAUGUACUAUCUAGGAUCCCUCCUUGGGACUAUUGUUUUCAUAAAUCUUUCUGAUAUCUAUGGGAGAAAAAUCUGAACAAGAGUUAGUUACAUCUUAUGAACAAUUUCGUUCUCUGUAAUUAUCUUUUCAUCGAAUCUCUAUGCCAGAUACUGGUGAAUUUUCCUUUAUGGAUUUAUAGGAGCAGUCCGGUGUAGUGUCAGUUUUACAACAGGAUGAGAGUUUCUACAAAAGAAAUAUCAAAUAUGGUCAAGCUCUAUUUGACAGAUAAUUAAUGCAUGAGUCCCGAUGCUCUUGUCUCUCUAUUUUUGGAAGAUAACUGAUUAUUGGGCAUACUUCUUUUACUCAACUUUAACAAUCUGAAUUCUAAACUGUUUAAAUUCUUUCUUCAUUCCUGAAAGCCCAAGAUGGUUAUUUAGUCAGCAACGAGAUCAAGAAGCAGUUGAUAUCUUAAAUGAGAUAGCAAGGAUGAAUAAUAAAGAUCCAAUAUUUUUGAAUGAUGUUGAAAUUAUUGAAGGCAAUUCUCAUCAUUCUAAGCUCUUACCUGAUGACCAGAAUCAGGUCAAAGGAUCCCCUCUGACACAGAUAUGGACUAGCAGGAAGGAUCGUUACAAUCUUAUUGUUACAGCAAUGUUCUGGCUUGCCUCAUGAAUAAUGAACUAUAUAAUGAACUUCUAUAUAAAAUAUGUACCUAUUGAACAUAUUUUUCUGAUGAUUUUUGUUGCUGCAAUAGCUGAGUUUUCUUCUAAGACAAUCAACGGUAUUUUGAUCAACAAGAUAGGCUUCACUGAGGCAACUCAGUUAUUCCAAUUAGUAUGUGUUAUUAGUGCUAUUCUAUACCUGAUCUUCUCCCAACAUCCUAAGUUUGUCAUUAUAGUAAUAUUUGUGCUGAAAUUAGCUGCUAGUGCCAAUUUCGCGUCAAUGCAUUUCUCCUGUCCCAAGCUGUUCGACAGUAAGAUAGCAGUUACUGCAUACAAUAUUUGAAAUAGUUGAGGAAGAAUUGGAGCAGUAAUUGCUCCUUUAUUAGCAGAAAUACCUGGAAGAUGGCCUAUGGUGAUAUUCUUAGGAUGAUCAAUUGUUUCGUUAAUUCUAGUAUGAGGUCUGAGAUAG